CCGAUGUAUGCUUGCCUCAUCUGCCUCUAAGUCCGGCAUGGCCUUGCAAGACUCAUCCCGCCGACACCGACACUCUUGACAGACAUGGCACGGAACGCACACGGGCGCAACCGACAUAACACCACGGCUGAUUUCCUCAUCACCGGCACUUCCAGGCGCAGUCGUACCCAAGCAGCCCAAAUCAGAAAUCAGGCUCGAGAACUCGAAGAGCACCGUGCAUUCCUCGAAGAAGUCUCCAUCGCACAACAACUAGGAAUCGUCGAUGCUAGCUAUGCUCAACAAUUUGCGGGACCACCACAUGAAGACGACGAACAAGAACGAUCACAGUUUGAACCGCUUAUUGGUAGUUACGUUGGUGAAGACUUUGAGAAUGACGUGGAGCAACUUCCCUGCGCGGCACAUGCUGCUUACCACCGUGCUCGCCGAUACGCCGAAGGUCGAGAACGAAUGAGCCAGCGAUGGUCCGAAUUGGAAGAACAAGUUGCUGCCGCAUUCUUAAUCUGUCAAAAAGCAACCAAGAACUGGACCUCGCUACCAGGUACCUACACCCUCCCCCCAAAUACAUGUACCUGUGAUCCCAUCAAUGUUCAAGAGCGAAGCAUGGAUCUGUUUGAUAUCAUCUCUAGCUCCCCUGAUGUUCCACGGACUGCGUUCUCCAUCCGUCUUCUUCAAUUCCAUGAGCUCCUUUGGCAGACUGCUGUUGUUUCCACCUCCUCGUUUGUCCAAGCACUGUCGGCUUUUUUGGAAAUGCGCAGCGACACUCCGUUGUAUGCCCAAGGGGGAAACUAUAGGAAAAGGAACUUGAGGGUACCACUUUCACACAGUAUUGACAUGUUUUCUCGCAUUCGACUCAUCCAACAGAAAAUCUUAAUUGAAGGAUUACAACUCAGUCAGAACGACCAAUGGGCUAACCAGUGCCCACGCUGUUUUGGCCCAAACCAACACGAAGUCAAAUCCCACCCCAAAGAACCUGACAUAAUAAUUGCACUCGAUGUCAACUUCCAGCAGCGCCACUAUGCUUAUGCUAGCAAAGAUAACCCACCGGAAUCCCAUUAUCCUCGUAGCUUUGUCAAGCCAUCAAAAAUCACUAAUGUUGCUGAUACACUCACAGCCACAGAUGCUUCAGCAGUUGGUAUCGAUCCUCCAUGUGCCGACGUCCACAAGGCUGCAAAUGAUGCUCGGGGGGAAACAACUUGGGAGAAGUGUGAUGACAAUGGACUGUUCGCAAGUGCUUGUCGCCAUGACAUUCCUCUGAUGUUUGCCAACAUCUACAAGACUGGAGAAAAAUUAUACUACCCUAUAGCGCUUGUAAGGAAUCUAUUGGCUGACUUCCCUCAACACAAGGUAGGAAUACUUUAUGACAUUGGCUGUCACCUUGAAAGACAUGUGAGACGUCGAGGACUUUUAAGCGACCGGCUGCCUGACUUGAUUUUUGGCACAUCUGUCUUCCAUGCUUAUGUGCAUGAGUGGUCUUGCCAGGUCAAGUAUAAUCCACGUCUGAAUCCAUGGUGGGGUCUAUCAGAUGGAGAGUGUCUUGAGAGGCUCUGGGCUUUCCUAUCACCACUAAUAUCCACCCUCCGUGUCUCAACCCGGCUACAUCGGCUCACUUCAAUCCAGCAUCGUGCGGAUUACUACACUAAGGAGUUGAAUGAGAAGGCAGCCUACUGGCUCUUACAGAAAUUGGAACACGCGAACGAAGUCAUCUCCUCAUCAAGGCAAGAACUAGCCGAGCUUUACCAGAGACCCAACAACUACACCCCUGGAUCAAACUACAACAGUCAUUUCCUUGAGCAGCAGUGGAGUGAUGAGCAAGCUUACCAUCUGCACACCUCCCGCACAUCAGAAAAGCAACAACUGGAACUUGGUCGGCUGUUGUGUCUUGAAGAGGAGCUGAAUAAAGCCUGGCAAUUGAUGGGUGAUGCCAUGACCCCGGAACAGGCACUCACUCAAGCAAACACAUGUGUGUCAGUUCAAAGGCAACUUCAGGCACAACGAAAUAUCGUAGGGACAACUGGCCUGGCAGAUAACUUGACACAAAUACAGCAGGAUAAGCUUGCAAUGGUUUGGUAUACCAAAACCGAGUUACGCAAGAGUUUCUUGGCACUCAUUGAAGAGAAGGAACCCCUGCUCAGAGUAUGCCGUCCUGGAGAAUCUUCAACUCUUGGUACCCGCGGGCAACAGAAGCUUAUUGAAGCCCUCCGAAAGCGAGCUGGUUCCCUUCGAGAAAAUCUGGACAACUACAACCGACUGACACACGAGUUUAUUGCAAGUAACCCCGACCGACCAGCACCUCCCAUUAUUUCGUAUCCCGAUCUACUUGAAUUACAGCCAGACGAUAUGUUUUGGAAUGAUGGGCUCUUUACAAAUGCUAGCGAGCCAUGGGCUGUUGAUCCAUUGACUCAGCGAGGUAUACGUCGACUUGCUUGCCUUCAACGUGGACUUGAGGAAGUUAGACGGCUUGGUUGGGAGGUCAGAAGGACCAUGAGAUGGGCGACCGAACGACAUAAAAAACUGGCGAAACUGAUGAGACUAUUAGUCAGGGUUCCUGAUAACGGCAGCAGCAUCCCUGAGGAAUUGGAGCGACUUGUUGGCCAUUCCCACUUGACAAAUACAAUGGUGAUGGCCAAUAGGCUAAAUGCUGCUUGUGUGAUUGUCCAUUCUAGUCUGAUUCAGAUUCUCUCUUUGCAACUUGAAUGGCACAUCAAACUGCCCAAAGUCUUUGUCAAAACAACUUCCCAACUUGAAGAUGAACCGCUAUUGAGAGACUGGAAUUCUCAAAUCGAUCGAAUCAAGCAAGCCAUUGCGUAUGGGUUGAUCUCAGGGAUACCAGGCGACUUCUCGGAGGCACUAAUCGUCACUCUCACUGGAGACCUACCCAACCCCCGCGAGUCACGGCCUGUCUUGAACCAACCCGAUCUUUCUGCCAACUUGCCCGACCAACCCAACCAUGCUGACAGCCUACUCAACCAAGAACAGCCACUGCAUUUCAACCAACCCAAUCCACCAAAUGUUGCUGAAGAGUUACCCAACAUCCACCAGCCACUGCCUGUCAUGGAUGAAGCUGAAGGAGAUGAAAUUGAUGAGGAGGAGGCUUACCAUGCAGACAUGGAAAAUAUUCUAUCUGAAACCAUGAGGGCUGAUCUUGAGCAAGACACAGGGGUUGAAGUAUGA